AGGGAAACCAAUCAUUCAGAAUAAAUACAUUGUUUUUUACUAGUGCAUUGCCAUAUGCAUCACAUUACUGAAUACCUCUCAUUCUUACGUGCCCACUAUCUAUUAUCUCUACUACUUCUUAAGAGUAGAGCGUAGGCAUCCACACCGGUGUGGUGCACGGUUCUGCCUCCACCCCCGACAUCCUCCGCUCCGCUUUGAUCCCGGAUGGUGGUCACGCUUUCGUUGCCGCCAUCAACGGUCGUCGCUAUCCCCUCCCUAUCCGGCGUCUGCAAUGCUCGCCGCCCUACUCCCCCACGCCACUCGCCUCCUGCCCCUUUGCCUUCAUCCUCGCCGCUGUCCCCGCGCUCGAGGCAGACAGAAGCAAGUGCUCCUCCGUCGGAAGCUUGAUUACGUUGAUGGAGUUUGUCCCACCAAUGUCACUGUACCGCAUAAUCUAUGAGCUCUCUCCACCUUCAUCAUCGGGACUUUUCUCAAACUUCUCCGGUGUACACUUGGGAGACUUGAGUGAUCCUGAAAUUUUCGACUACCUUCAGCAUGCUCAAGCUCGCCAAGGAGGCCAGUAGGUGGCAACAUCCUGUUCGACUACCUCAUCCCACUGAUGGGGAUGGACAAGUGUAGCGCGAAUAGUGUGGACAGCGACAACGUAAACAAGGCGAGCAUGGUGAUUAACGGGUUGCCCAUCAGUGUGUACGCAUCGGAGACGUUGGGGGUGUGCAGUGGCCAUGUCCAUAUACGGUUGAUGAGCAAUAUGCUCGGGGGCAUUGGGGAUUCACCGCUGAUCAGGUUCGACACAUACACAUGCGGCGCGUGCGCCGUGUCGUGCACGCUCAAGUGGGAUGUGGCCACUGUCAUGGAGUACAAGGGCCUACCCCUACAGCAGGUCGUUGACUACUAUGUCAGGGGCACGAUGCAGAAUAUCUGAAGACAACUAUUAUCAAUAAUUAGCCAAUAUAAACUAUUUACAAAUAUUUACUAAUGUUUACAAAAUAGCAUAUCCAUAUAUCAUUGAUUUUGAGGAAAAAAUGGCAUAUUAGUAUUGA